UCUUGAUCUCCUCUACCCGCCCGCUUUGCCCGCUGUCUCUGGUCCCUGCGAACGCCCCUCAACACUUUUACGGUUGCUUCAUAGGGUUGAUCAUCUUUGCAGUCAAUCCAGAACACUACCACCCCCCCGAUCGCUCAGCUGCCUCUCGUGGUGGCGUUGGUUACCCUAUCUUUGAAUUGAUCCUCCCUGGUUGCGCACCCAUCGACUCUGAUUUUAGCGUUGACCCUCGCAACUAUUGGCGCACCCGCUUCAGAGAUCCACGAUCUUUCGCGAGCGCCCUUCUACUAAGAUCAUCGAAAUCUUUCAUUCUCGACCCCACUCAUAUCUUUUUUUUUCUUUUUACAAGGGGUCCCGGUUGGACUGGGUGUUCUCUUUGUCGCACGAACCCGGCCGACUGGCACGAAAUACUUUUCGAUCGCGUCAAACCGUUACCGAAGGCGCGACUUCGGAGUUAUGAGCGCAGACGAGGGUGGGGGAACCACCUCGAUGUCGGCCACCAACGGCGAAAUUCAUGCUGCUACCCCCGAUCCCCCAUCGCUAGCGACCCCUGGGAAGCGAAAGCGGGUUUCGAGUCACGACGAUAAGGCUUCUCAGGAUCCCAAUCAUUCCGCUUCGCAAGGACAGGAAAAGGUCAACUUGCAGGAAACGUUGCGCAACCUCGUGGAUAUUUUGAAUAAGAAUGACACGGAACUCCAGCUCCUAGCUUGUCCCUUGACGACGUCGCCCUCGAAACCCCGGUCGAAACGCGCAAAGGUGUCUGGGGACAAGGAGGAGGGCACUAGCAUACGUGCACGGGUCGAUGCGGACCGCUAUAAUACUCUAUCGGAAUUCCUUAGUGAUAUCGAGCGGGCCUCGGCAGCCGUGAUUGAACGGAGUAAAUCCCGUGUCAGUGAAAAUGACUCAACGGCUUUGACGGAAACUGUGAAUCGCAUCGCAGCAUUCAAGAAAACGCUGAAUAGCCUGGUCCGUCAGGCCCAGACAAGCCCCGCAAGCAUCAAGGCGGAACCGUUGGCGGAUAAAGCAGAAGCAGAAGUCCCAGCGCAGCCUGCCCCCAGUGAUGUGGAGGUACGAAACGACGGUGUGGCUUUGACUCUCUUUGGGAAUCCUGCCAAUCCCAAACAGCUGUACUCGAGCUUGCAAAAGUCCGUCAAAGUGCCAUUACCGUCGGAUGAUCCGAAGUCUCAGAAGUACGUGGAAGUGCAGGCACCGCUCCCAGAGGUCGGACUCCCCAACGGAAUCACCACGGCGAAGAUUGCCCCCUAUAAACAGGAAGCAAAAGCCAAGGAGCACAAACGAACGUUUGGUGAAGUUUUUGCUCCUCGUUCUGCCCUGCCUCAAUUGGAACUCCCACGCAGGACCCGGUCAUCCUUCCGCAGCGUCGGUGGCUGGAUCGAUCCCUUCGAAGCCAUUACGAAUUUCAACUCAUUUCUUGGAGACCGAAAUAAUUACUGUCUUGCGCCUCUACCUUCGGGUGAUUGGCUACAGUACGGGGGCGCUGCAAGUCGCCGACAGAAGCAUCAACCUUCUCAGCCGCAGACUGACGAAGGGAUCCGAGACGACCCGGCGUUAUGGGUUGAUGAAGAUGCAUCCGCUAUACAAAAAGUAUACUCGUCUUUUGCGCCUUCGUUUGACAGCUCGGGUGCUGUUCUCCAAGCGGAUGCGAAGGAUCUAGUAUGGUGGAGCAAGCGGGGCGCCAGACGUCUGCAGACGCUCCUGUCCGUGCCCUACGAGGAGAAACGUCAGGAAACUGUGGCGGCACAGCCUGGUAAUAUCGGCGAGCUCGAUGAAAGCACCUUGGAAGAGAUGGUCAAAUCUUUCAAUCCCGAAGAUUUCGCGGACGGUGUCACGGGCGCUGAUUCGUAUAUGCUCAAAGAUGAGGAGGGUCAAGACAUGGAAGCUCUGUUACAUGAUGUUUCGGACUUAUUGGAAACUCUCAGUUCGUACCAGAAAAUCCGCAGCCUUCAGUUUUCGCCGCCAGGCGGUCAGGAUCCCGAGGCGCUGCAAGGCAUCGUCCCUGACCAGGGUACCUGGGAAGACCCAACAGAGGCAGAACGAGUAACAUAUGAGGCGUUGCGAUCGGGCCUGGCCACUCUAGUGUCUACCCUUCCACCAUAUGCCGUUGCCAAGUUAGACGGUGACCAGCUGGCCGACCUGAACAUCAGCCAGAAGGUCGUCGUGGAGAACCCUGACUACAGUGGGACUAUGGAGAAGGACGAUUUCACGAUCCAGCAGGAACGCGCUGCGGCGAUGACAUCCAUGGGUGGCGGCGGAGCUCGCAAUGCUACACCUUCCCGUCAUGGAAGCUUCCAAGCAGGAUACAACCAACGGGCCUAUUCUGCUAAUACCCGACCGUACUACAGUGGAAGACCCCCAUCAACCCCUGGCCCCUUCACCCCGGGCCAACCACAGUCAUUCGCAGGAGCUCGACCCCCAUCAACUCCUUCGCAGCGGCCGGGUUACCCGCCAGGAUAUUCGCAGCAAACCCCACAGUUUGCACCGAUCCAACGCGCUGGACAGAACACUCCUAUUUAUCCUGGCCAGCAAGGGGCCCCGCAAGCGUCUCCGCAGCCUUUCACCCCACGACCUGGACAACCAGGACAACCAGGACAGUACAACGCGCAGUUUGUCCCGGGUCGGGGUAGUGGCUCCCCUCAAAAGCAGCCAUCUUUCACCGCCCCUCGAACACCGUAUAUGACACCGGGCCCUGGUGCACAGCAGCGGUAUCCGCAGCCGCAGCCGCAGCCGCCACCACCACAACAGAAGCAGCCGCAGCCGCAGCAACAGCAACAGCAGCAGCAACAGCAACAACAACAACAUCAACCGCAACCGCCACCGCAACCACAGCCAUCUCAACCCCAACCGCAACCACAGCAAGGUCAACAGCAAAGGCAACAGCAGCCUCCCCAACCUGGUAACCCUCCCUCCAACCCGACUGCCACACCAUCAGCAAACUACGCCAACUCCGCAGCGGCCAUGACUUACGCUCGAAGUGCAGCAGAGCAAGCCGUACUGAUGGACCGGAACCGGGCACAGCUAGCCGCUCAUCAAACACGGCAAAGCCCAUCAUCACCACAGCCCCCACCGGAGCAAGGCACAUCGCAGGAGCCAGGCGGUGGCACACCUCAGAGGAAAAAAUCCACAUCAGUAGUUUCGUGAUUGUGGGGUCUCUGAUUCUUCUCAAUUAACUUUACCCUCGGGCAAAGAGAGAAGUAGAGAAUGAUUUGGAUAAUGGGUAGACAGGUGCAAAUGACCAUGGGAAUUUGAUUUCCUCUUUCGUCUUUCCAUAUCUUUAUUCCUUUUUUUUUACACCCCCCCCUUUUUCCUCUUAAUGCUUGUCCUUUUCUUUUCUUUUUUCCUUCUUAUAAUGCUGGUUUUCUUUUGUCGUCUUUCCUACUCGGCUGUCUUCAGGCUUUCCAUGGGAAUCUUUCUAUUUACGGACUAGACUUCCGGUGGAGGAUCGAUAUCUUCUUCUUUUUCCUCUUCUUCUUUUCUUGUACUCUUAUGGGCUGGUUGGUUGGUUGAUCGAUCAAUUAUAACGUUAUCGAACGGAGAACUUGUGCUUGUUGGUCUGUUAUAUCUAUUUUCUAUUGUUAUUCUUAAGGAGUGUUAUUACCAAUAUUCAAGUCUUUUA